GACGGUUGGAGAGUGGCCUCCGACCGUUGACGUACCCGCCGAACCGCAUGACGUCAAACUGCUGCGACAGUGUGUCAGCUUCCAAUAUGGCUUCAAGGCUGGAGAUUAAUUUCAUCAGGUUGUUGUCUCGCUGUGAAUCAAUAGCGUCGGAAAAACGAGGAGAGACGGAAUGGCGGUUAGAGAAGUACGUGGCUGCACUGGAGGAGAUGCUGGUGGCUCUGAGGAAAAGCCCGAGCAAACCAACGCCAGAAGUUGUGACUGAAUACACAAGAAAAGUGGAUUUCCUGAAGGGGCUCCUGGAGGCAGAGAAACUGUCUUCGCCGACAGAAAAGGCCUUAGCCAAUCAGUUCCUGGCCCCCGGCAGGACCCCCACCAUAUCCAACGAGAGGAUGGCCGCCACCAAAACCGUCCACAUGCAGACGAAGGCCCGCUUCGCAGGCGAGAUGAGGGACGAGCUGCUCGGCACGCGGUCCUCAGGCAGAGGCCCUUCAGAGGCAGAGCUGAGGAACAGAAGAGUUCCUCCUAAUGACGCUCUGCUCCCCCCGCUGUGCAGAGGUCUUCCUCUGGAUGAGCGGCAGUCGGCCGCAGAGCUGGACGCCGUCCUGCAGCACCACCACAGCCUGCAGGAGAAGCUGGCCGACGACAUGCUCAGCCUGGCCAGGAACCUGAAGAACAACACGCUGGCAGCCCAGAACAUCAUCAAGCAGGACAACCAGACCCUGAGCCAGUCCAUGCGGCAGGCUGACCUGAACUUUGAGAAGCUGAAGACGGAGUCCGAGAGGCUGGAGCAGCACACCAAGAAGUCUGUCAACUGGCUGCUGUGGCUCAUGCUGGUCCUGGUCUCCUUCACCUUCAUCAGCAUGAUCCUCUUCAUCAGAAUCUUCCCCAGGCUCAGAUGACCUCUCCCAACCCGCCGUCCACCCGCAGCCUGACCGGGAGCCGGUCCAGAGGAUGGACGCGUUUGCACCAUAAAGUCUUCAAAGCUUCUGCUCUCUUUCUUUUGAAGAGAGCAGGAUAGGAACUGAAACAAAGAGCGGUUCAGAGGGGAGCUAGCCUUAAUGAUUUGAACCCCUCAUCAGGUAGACUUCCGGCCAAUCAGAACACGUCUGAGUUGAAGCCAGAGGUCAGCUAGCUGCUGCCCCUUCUCUCCCUCAUCUUCAACACCUGGUGCAGUCAGAGCUCUACCUGCUCCCUCCUGGUCGGUUGUGGGCACAAGAGUCCACCCAGCCCACCCCCCCACCCACAGCUGGGGGGUGCAGCUGGGUGGGGGGGCUCACGGCCCCGCCCGGCCCCGUCUGCCCGCCCGCCGUCCGUUUCUGUGUGAGUACACGUAGAGUGAAAGUUGUGAAUUUAGGGUCCUUUAAAAACUGAUUCCAGACUAAAUUAAAAUGAUUCAAAUGCCUUUGGCUGUGGUCCCGUUUUCUUUGGGGGUCUAGCCCGUAGCCCGGGGAUGCAGUGACCCCGGGCAGCCACCGGGUGUCGCCCUGAUGUGUGAGCGGCCCCAGAGAAGGACCUCUCUGACCCCGGAGUGGCCCCAGCUGCCCCAAAUCCCAAAUUAACUUCCACUGGGUCUCAGAUGAAGAUUGGAGCGGUCUAAAUAAAGGCAGGGCAGCACACGGGGGCCGCCGGAACCUCAGGCCGCUGCGCUCUGCUUCUGAUCCUCUCUAAUCAGACUUCAUGUGCAAAUACCACCUCUGGGCCUGGACCUGGACCUGGUUAGGCCUGGACCUGGACCUGCCUGGGCCUGGACCUGGUUGGAUCUGGACCUGACUGUGUAUUUUAGGAUCCCAGGGGGGAUUUCCCCCAUUGGAAGCCAAAGUAUGCGAGCGACCACGAGACCAAAGAGGCUGCGUCAGAGCGGAGGAUGGCGGUCCUCCUUUAAUCCCAGCUGUUUGCACCCCCCCCUCAGGCUGAUCCUCCGGCUGGACAUGACUUUAUUCUGCUGGCCCUUAUCUGGAGGAGCCUCUGGGCCUCCAGAGCAGCCUUCCUAGUGGGAGAUAUAAUGAAAAGAAUGUGAGUUACCAAAGUCCCAAAAUACUUGUGAGAGCCUAAUUAAGAGCCCCUCUGACCUCUGACCCAGGAAACCUGAAUAGGUUCCUUCCUGAAGUCUGUUCCCACAGGGAUGAUCUGGAAAUAGUGUCCGAGCCCCCCCCCCCGCUCGGGGGGAUGUCUGGUAGAGUCGGCCUAAUCGCUUUAUUGGCAUUUUCCAACAAAGAAAGGAGGUUUUAUAAGGAGGUUACAGGUGUAAAAUAAAGAGAAAACACAACAACUUCCCUUUGAUUCCUACGUUUUGAACCCUUCUGAUCCUCUGAAUGAAUGAUAGAGAGGAUAUUAACAGUAUUACGGGACCAAUUGUACAAACAAAACCAGUGGAAAAGUGUGUAAACACUAAAGAAUAAACUAAUAAGUGAGAAAACUACUAAACAGCAUGUGGGCGUGUCCACACUCGGCUCGGGUUCGACUGCCCCCCCCCGAACUAUCUGAACACGUCCACUCACCAAAUCCCACUUUUCAACAUUUUAAAGGAUCUGUAAAAGUAGGUGCUGCAAACAUCUUUUUUCUGCCUGUUCUAAAACUCACUAUGAGCCAAAAGCACAAACCUGAGUUUACUGGGGGGCGAAAACUCAGCUGCAAAAAGCCCCGAACCGAGUCCAACAAGCCAGAUUAUCAUAAGCAGCUUUACAGAUACAUAGCAUAAUACCGGCAUAAAUGGGGGAGUAUCGAAUUUACCCAAGAACAAAGCUGAGGUUGCACUUUUUAUUCUGCAAAUGUGCCCAUUGCAUUUGAGAGGGAAACCUUAGUUAAAGCAAAAAGUAAAAUUAAACUGACAGAUUCUUCCCACUUUUACAGUAAGUAAGUCAAGUAAAGUAAAGUAUUAUGUGAUGAUAUGAUCAUCUCUCAAACAACCAAGAAGGUGUUCUCUUGAUUCCUAAUUUGAGUGGAAUUUUUAAAGAUUUUAU